AUGCUAGGUGCCAGUAGUAGUGAAGAUGAUGAUGACGAAUUUGUAAACGAAGAGCCUGAGGUGACCUACUCUACCAAGAAGCGUUCAUUACUCGGGCAACUGUCUCCACGUUCGGCAUCGCCAGCCCCGUCCGAUUCCGUCAGUCAAACGAAUUCAUUGAAACGAAACAAUAGCAAUAGCACAUAUCGGCGGAAGGAUUCAAGCCACAGCCAAACACCUGCCCGAUCGGCUCGUACAAUAUCUACCGUGUCGCGACCGGUACUGCAAUCGUCGCAGGACAUAUCGGACAACGACUAUGAAGAAGAUGCACCUACACAUUUGGCCACCGAUGAGCCAGCCCUCAGCAAAGAAGAACAGGAACGAAUACGGGCCGAAAAAGAAGAAGAAGAACAUAAGAAAAAUCUACAAAUGUAUGUGUUUGUAGCACGAUGUAUAGCUUAUCAUUUCAAUGCCAAACAACCUACGGAUAUGGCUCGACGGCAAGUGAAAGUCACCAAGCAAGAUUUGUCACGCAUUAAGGACAGGUUUCAAGCCUUCCUCAAAGGGGAGACAAAUAUACCGACCGAUGAAGCUUUCGCAAAAGCCAUGCAUAGUUAUUGUGAGGUUUUUCUCAAAUCAGAACGGGUACAAAAAGUCGUCGCUGCCGGUGGCUUUUCAAUGCAUGACUUCCGGGAGGUGUUUCGGUGUAACGUUGAAAAACGAAUUCGCUCGUUACCGGAUAUCGAGGGUUUAUCGAAGGAAACGGUAUUGAACUCAUGGAUGGCCAAGUUUGACACCAUCACCAAAGGAGAUGAGGAGCAACAAGGCAGAACUGCAAGGGGUCGCGCCCGAAAUGCGCCUAAUCAGCCGAACGCUGACAUUAUCCUUGGCAAGGAACAACUCUACGAUAUGUUCCAACAAGUGUUAGGAGUAAAGAAGUUCGAGCAUCAAAUUAUCUUCAAUGCUUUACAGCUCGAUAAUCCUGAUGAACAAGCCGCGGCAAUCAGACGAGAAGUUGCAACUAGGGAAGACGCUUGCAAGGAUCUCCAGAAGAUGCGGAAAAUCAUGCCAAAAUUCGUUGUGAAAGACAUGGAGACGUUGUUUUUGGAUGAAGUUCGACAGUCGAUCAACUUACUUAUCUCUAACCUGGAAUCGGUGCCGGUAACGCCGCGAGGGCAAGCUAUGGGUAAACGGAAAGACAAGUCUCGAUCGCGAAGCAUAGAGGAUCUAUCGCUGUUCAACAGUCUCAAGAGGAGAACUAGUUCGGGUUCGCUGAAUAAAAAUGAUAGCGACGACGGAGAGGUGACCUUGACGAAGAGCGAUGUUGUGCUUACAUUCAACAUAGAGGUUGUUGUAAUGGAAGUACAAGGAUUGAAAGCCAUAGCUCCCAAUAGAAUAGUUUAUUGUACCAUGGAAGUGGAUGGACAUAAAUUGCAAACGGAUCAUGCCGAAGCUCAAAGACCAUCAUGGGAUACACAAGGAGAUUUCUCUACGAAGAAUCCGUUACCUGUCGUCAAGGUCAAGUUGUACUCUGAGGUGAAAAGCAUCGUCGCCUUCGAAGAUAAAGAACUUGGAAAGGUGAUUAUCCAACCUACGCCCAACUGCUCGCGGUCACCGGAAUGGUAUACGAUGACUGUCCCUAAAAACAGUGCCGAUCAGAACUUGAAAAUCAGGAUAACAAUACGGGUAGAAAAGCCACCCAAUCUCAAAUACUGUGGAUACUGUUACUGUAUUGGUCGGCAGGCGUGGAAGAAGUGGAAGCGAAGAUUUUUUUGCUUGGUUCAAGUGUCUCAAUAUGCAUUUGCGGUCUGUAGUUUCCGGCAAAAGAAGUCGGAUCCAACCGAAUUCGUCCAACUUGACGGUUUCACCAUUGAUUACAUGCCUGAGCCGGAUCAAGAUCUCGCUGCUCAAGGUGGCAAGCAUUUUUUCACAGCCAUCAAGGAAGGUGAUGAAUUGAAGUUUGCGACGGACGAUGAGAAUGAACGGCAUUUGUGGGUUCAGGCCUUGUAUCGCGCAACAGGACAAGCUUACAAACCAGUUCCACCUAAACAAUCCACUGUAGCUCCAAAAGCUCAGGGAUUCCAAGAUAAAGCUAGCAAACAUGGUUUGGAUGAUAUCAUCCAGGCAGAUCCCAUAAGCUUCAAUCAUGACCACAUAUUUGCGGACAUCCAACGGCAAGCUUUGAAUUUCCGGAUGAACGAACCCAUAUGUUCUUUGGGGUGGUUUUCGCCUGGACAAGUUUUUGUUCUGGACGAGUACUGCGCUCGGUAUAUGGUCCGCGGAUGUUAUCGACAUGUCACACUGCUCUCUAAUCUUCUUGACAAAGCAGAUCAGGGACAGUUAAUUGACCCUACGCUCAUCCACUACUCAUUUGCGUUUUGCGCCAGUCAUGUGCACGGUAACAGGCCAGAUGGUGUUGGUACAGUAACUCUCGAAGAGAAGGAGAAGUUUCAAGAAAUCAAGGAACGAUUACGGGUAUUGUUGGAAAAGCAAAUUACUAAUUUCCGGUAUUGCUUUCCAUUUGGUCGUCCUGAAGGUGCUUUGAAAGGAACUCUCUCACUUUUGGAAAGGGUGCUUAUGAAAGACGUUGUAUCUCCGGUACCACCUGAAGAAGUUCGUGCAGUUAUACGAAAAUGUCUUGAGGAUGCAGCUUUGGUCAACUAUACGCGGAUCUGCAAUGAAGCAAAGAUUGAACAACGAAUGGGUGUUGAUGUGAGCCCUCAACAACGAAUUGAGGAUAUGAUGCGAGUCACGGAGUACUGUAUCGAUCUGCUCAAAGAAAAUGAAGAACACCACGGGGAGGCUUUUGCUUGGUUUUCCGAUCUAUUAGCCGAUCAUUCGGAAAUCUUCUGGUCACUGUACUCUGUCGAUCUCGACUCAGCAAUGGAAAUUCAACCACCGGAUUCUUGGGAUGCUUUUCCGUUGUUUCAAACACUCAAUGACUUCUUGCUCAGUGAGAAAUCCCUUAAUGGCGGCAUAUUCCACAAAAAGCUCACAAGCCAAUUCCAACCAUUGGUCGUGCGGUACACCGAUUUGAUGGAACACUCGAUAUCACAGUCGAUAGACAAGGGCUUUUCGAAGGAAAAGUGGGAGCCGAGAAAAGAAGGAUGUGCAACAUCAGAAGACAUAUACUGGAAAUUGGAUGCUCUACAAACAUUCGUGAGCGAUUUAAACUGGCCCGAAGAAGAAUUCCGUAAAUAUCUGAACGUCCGCAUGAAGACUCUGACUUCCGAUAUGAUCUCCAAAGUUGCCAGCAGUACUUACCAACAAUUUGAUGCUUGGAUGCAAAGGGCACGAAAAUCGACAGAUUACAUUUUGCCAUCUGAGGUGUGCGUGAUGAUCAAUGUCCUAUUCAGCUCGAAGACUAGAGCGACAAGAACAGCUGUAGAUGGAGGAGAGUAUCAAUCAAAGUUGGAUGAAACAUUGGACACGAUGCUUUCUGACAUGGAGACGUGCAUACAAGACAAGUUGAUUGGUGUUUUGGAAUUUGUGCUUGGAAAACUCGCUCGCUACGAUGAAGGGAAUCCAAUCGGUGCACUACUUAGCAUGGCGCCUAAACCCACCUCUAUAUUCAACAAGAUGAAGAAUAUGGUGGGAGAACAAGGUAUACAUAUGGGUGGUAACGCUGCUGCCACACCGACUACACCGCAAAAUCAGAAGGCCCCGGUAUCCCAACAACAAUCCACUGGACAUUUCGGAAAUUCAUACGUAACGUUCAUGCGUGGUUGCACAGAGCAACUGAGGCAAAUCGUUAGCGAUGAAGUUUGGGUGAACACCUUGUUCGAGAGAUGGUAUGCUAAUCAAAUGAAGAUGAUCAGCGAGUGGUUGACGGAGCGGCUGCAGCAAUCACUCAGCCCUUACCAGUUCACGUGCCUGAAUUUUAUCGUCAAGAAAGUGUACAGCGAUUUCGAACUUCAAGGAAUUGAUGAGGAGAAAUUAAAUGAUAAAAUGUACCAGGCAAUCAGCCGGAGAAUGCAGCUUGAAGAAGCGAAUGUUGCACUUCACGAGCAGAGCAAUGGACAUGCUCAAUCAGUAUUCCCUUCCUCUCUGGGUAAUGCCACCGCAGCUGUCUCAAAUGUCUCCAGUAUGGUUGAAGGGGCCGGUGCAAAAGUCUUCUCCUUUUUCAAGUAAAGUGCAUACCUCUUUCAUCUUCUUAUUAACAGAGAGAUCUCUUUAGUCCAGUCAUUCCUUAUAGUCUUCUUACUUUGACUUUAUUGUAUGCUACCUUCACUUUGCAGUGCAUCUUCGCAAUAUUUUCCAUGUAGAUUCUCACGAGUGAUCUUGCAUUGUAUUCCUUUCUUAUUAAUGUACUCAGUCUUUCCAAAUGCUUCCCGAGUUGUGCAUUACUAGUAUUACGUGAUGUGUGUUUGAAUGCUAUACGGUUAUAUUGGCCAGCUUUUGUGAAAAAUUCGUUUUGUUUCUCAUUGAAAGCAAGAAAAAAGAACUUUUCACAAAACAAGCUCCAUUUUCUCUGCACCUCUGACCCUGAUGUAAAUGGAGCCUCUGCCUUAGUUUCGCUUCAUAGUAUGUGAUCGGUGAGGGUGCGAUCACACACAAAAUAGGCGAUUCGCUUCAUUGUUUCUCGGAUUUGCUGCAGGACUUAUUUUGUGAGUUAUCGCCUCUGUUUUAGUUGUCAUUCCAAUAGUAAUAAUGUUCCAAUUACUUCUCUAUACUUGCUUGAAGCAUGUUGUUCACUUAAUUCGUUGAUAUUUAACAUGUAAGCUUGCCUUUGCCAUAUGAUAUGGAACCAAAGUUAUAUAGUAUAUCUUUCCAAAAGUAAAC